AUGGUUUAUUUUGAUUCUGGUCCAGCUGGUCCUGGUUGUCCGUCUUGUCCUGGGGCUCCGUCUUGUCCGGCUGGUCCAGCUGGUCCAGCGUUUCCUGGGGCUCCUGGUCCUCCUGGGGCUCCGGAUCCGCGUUGUCCGUCUUGUCCUGGGGCUCCUGGUUGUCCAUCGGAUCCUGGGGUUCCGUCUUGUCCGUUGUCUCCUGGGGCUCCUGGUUGUCCGUCGGCUCCUGGGUUUCCAGCGGCUCCUGGGUUUCCUGGUUGUCCGUCUGGUCCGGCUGGUCCUGCUGGUCCGGCUGGUCCGGCUGGUCCGGCUGGUCCUUCUGGGCACUUGACGCAGUCUUGGGAGACUGGAGCGCAGGUGAUUGGAGCUCCUGGUCCUCCUGGAGCUCCUGGUUGUCCGUCGGAUCCAGCGUUUCCUGGGAAUCCAUCUUGUCCGGCUGGUCCAGCUGGUCCUGGGGCUCCGUCUUGUCCUGGGAAUCCGUCUUGUCCGGCUGGUCCGGCUGGUCCAGCGUUUCCUGGGGCUCCUGGGGCUCCUGGAGCUCCGGAUCCGCGUUGUCCAUCGGCUCCUGGCUGUCCUGGGAAUCCGUCUUGUCCUGGUUGUCCUGGCUGUCCGUUGUCUCCUGGGGCUCCUGGGGCUCCUGGGAAUCCGUCGUUUCCGCGUUGUCCUGGGAAUCCUGGUUGUCCGUCUGGUCCUGCUGGUCCUGCUGGUCCGGAUGGUCCGGCUGGUCCAGCUGGUCCUUGUGGGCACUUGACGCAGUCUUGGGAGACUGGAGCGCAGGUGAUUGGAGCAUAG